GAGAGCUCUGCAGCGGGCGUUCGCACCGGACGCCGGAAGUCUCUGAGCAUCGCAGCGUCCGAGCUGAAGCUUCCCCGGCUACCCAAUUGCCCAAGGUAGUAAUCUUCAGUAAUCAAGAUGUCUUCAGCACCUGAUCCUCCAACAGUUAAAAAAGAACCAUUAAAAGAGAAAAACUUUGAAAACCCAGGCCUCCGAGGGACACACACAACCACCUUAUUUCGAGCUGUGAAUCCUGAGCUCUUCAUUAAACCUAACAAACCUGUGAUGGCUUUUGGAUUGGUAACCCUUUCACUUUGUGUGGCUUACAUUGGUUAUCUGCACGCAACACAAGAGAACAGAAAAGACCUCCAUGAAGCCAUUGACAGUGAGGGGCAUCGGUACAUGAGGAGAAAAACAUCCAAGUGGGACUGACUGCUGCUUCCUUCAGGUGGAGUGUUAUUACAGGCUCCGACACCUUUAACGGAAAGACUGUUAGUGCACAGAAUUGUUUCUUGUUCCAUAAUAUGUUAACCAGGGAGAAGAGAAAAUUGAAAGCAGUCCACUGUGGUGAGUUUAGUCUCAUUACAGCUGAAGGUAUUAAAUUCUGUAUAAUAAAAGUACCCAGUACUGUUACAUUUGCAUGGAGUUUCUAGUGUUUUAAAGUGAAUUGCGCCUUCGCAGCAAGGCUUUACUGUUUAGUAGAGAAGAUAGUCCGUUCAGUUCUCUCAUUUAAUCAUGAUUAAAUGAAAGAAUAAAA